CACCGCCAUCUUGCAUUAACCGUUACAAUUUAUACGCGUGGUUUUAAUUUUUUGUUUUCCUUUCUUUUAGACUUAAUUCCUUUGUUUAGCCAUGGACUGGUCGCUGCUAAUCAAAAUCUUGCUCAAUAGCUUAACGCUAAUGCCAACGGUGCUCGCAGGCACCAUGGACGAGGGCUGUCCGACGCUGGCCGAUGGCGACAGUUUGUCCCAGACGCAGUUGCUCGAUAAAUUGACCCAUGGCUGCCGCUACGAUCGCUUGGAACGUCCGGUGACCUUUUCGGAAAGUGGCCAGCGCUUGCCCGUUGAUGUCUAUAUGCGUGCAUACAUCUACUUUAUGCAGAAUCUGGAGGCCCACGAUCUCCAAUUUAAGAUUUAUGCCUUACUCCAAUUGCGCUAUUUGGAUCCUCGUCUUAAUUUUCGUGGCGUGAGCCCCAAGAGAAAGCAGCCGAUCCUGGGGGAGCAGCAGCUCCGUGACUCCCUGUGGAUGCCCCACAUAUUUCUGGCCAAUGAGCGGGAUUCCAGCAUUUUAGGCCUCACGGAAAAGGACAUCCUCACCUCCAUUUCCCCCGAUGGCACCGUCAUUGUCUCAAGCCGCAUCAAGGCUACGCUUUACUGCUGGCUUGAUCUCAAGAAGUUCCCCUUUGACGAGCAGCAAUGCUCCACAGUGCUGGAGAGCUGGAUGUACAACACAUCGGAGCUGGUGCUGCACUGGGAACAGAAGCGUCCAAUUACCUACGACCCUGCCCUCCAUCUCACCGAGUUUGUGCUGCAGCGCUCUUGGUCCAAUGAGACGGUAAUCAAUGCGGAUCUCAGUGAUUUGAGGCAUGGAGCCUUUGCUGGCAAUUAUAGCUCUCUGAGCUUCAAGGUGCAUCUCACCCGUGUAGUGGGUUUCUAUUUAAUGGAUUACUUUCUGCCCUCGAUGCUUAUUGUGGCCAUAUCCUGGGUCUCCUUCUGGCUGCAAGCGGAUCAGGCACCGCCAAGAAUCACACUGGGCACCAGCACCCUCUUGACCUUCAUCACAUUGGCCUCGGCCCAGGGCAAAACCCUGCCCAAAGUGAGCUACAUCAAAGUAUCGGAGGUGUGGUUCCUGGGCUGCACCAUCUUCAUAUUUGGCAGCAUGGUGGAAUUUGCCUUUGUCAACACCAUUUGGCGGCGAAAGAACAGUGUGCCGGUGAAGAAACUUAAUAGCAAACACAUCCUCAAGUCCACUCUGUCGCCGAAUCUGCUGAGACGUCGCAGCAGUCAUGCCAGGUCACGUUCCUUUUCGGGCACAGCUCUCCAGAGAGCCGGGGAUAGCGCCUCGCUGGGCGGUGGACCAGGAUUUAACAAUUAUUUAACCGUCAAUCUGCCCAUUACCACAAUUAAGGAGGAUCAGGUUUUAAGCCAGCAGCAGGAAAAUCCAAGAUCCACCCACCAGAAACUGGAUGUGACCUUUGUGGAGAGCGCCUUUGGACAAAUGGGCGCGGCCAGGUCCAUUGGUACCCUUAGUGCCGCAUCGACCACAACGCAGGGAUGUACCAAUAACAAUCAUCCGGAUAGAAAUGGAGCCGACACGGCCGAGGAGAUUGAUUUGAGUGGCUGGACCACAUUGACUCCGCAGGAAAUUGCCAUGUGGAUUGAUAGUCGGGCUAGGUUCGUUUUUCCACUGGCUUUCCUCGUCUUUAAUUUGUUCUUUUGGACAUUUGUCUAUUGUAUUUAAUGAUUUAAGCCUUUUUUAUUGGAAUUAUUCAAAAGCCAGAUGGAAAAUCGAGUGAAUUUAUCAAAUAUUGUAAGCCUCAUUUACUUGUUUUGCCCCCAUUAUUGUUUCUCAUGUGUUUUUAAUGCCAUUUGCAAAGUAUUUAAUGUUAUUUGAUGUAAAUCCCUGUUUAUUUAUGUUUUUGUAUGCUUUUGUAAUGCACAGUAAAUUAUGAUGGAUAUUUAUCCUAACAGAAUAA